UUUUUUAACAUCUCCAAGUUGAACUUAUAGAUUCAUUUGAAUGAUUCCGGGGGGGCUAAACUACGCCAAUAAUGAUUUUAAUCUGGUGAUUCUUGGCCAUUUCUAGCCUUUUAUGCAUUAACGCCUAUUACACCCGCUAUCUAUUAUUCACCGAGGAUAUACAUAGCGAAAAGUAAUAUAUAACUCCCGAUCAUGGCUGCAACACCCGUCCCCACCGCUCUAGGCGCCUACCGCCUCCUCCUCCGGGCAACUCGCAUUGCCUUCCACGGUGACUUUACAACCCUCCAUGCUGCUCGCGCUGAAGCGCGAAAACAGUUCGACCAACACCGCGAACUGGGUGUGGAUACACCCAUGCGCAUCCAGCAUGCAGUCGAGACGGCAGAGAUAUUGAGGACGAAUGUUGUGCAGGGGAUUAAAGUUUCUGAUGCUGGGGAGGAUACGGAUCGAUAUGAAUUGCGAAUCCACGAACACAUCGAGCGCGGUGAUAAUGAUACCAUUAAGACGGCGGGGAAAAAUAAGAAAGUUAAGGUCGCGGUUGGGAAGACGUGUUCGAACACGCAGUCGUGAGAACCGGUGGCCUAAUACAUAAAUAUGAGUUACGGAUGUUAAUCGAGGGAGGAACUCGGAAGAAUCCCUGAUACAUAGUCGCACCGGGCGUGGUCUUGGACGGCAGGUAAGGUAUUUCUGGAAACGAGAUGUAUGUCACUGGGCCUUUGACUGAUGGGAGUUUGGAGGUUGGAUAUACCCUAAUCAUGAUACAGAUACGGUGGGGAUGGCCGGGAUUUUUGUACACUAAUUUUUGAGGGUAUCUGUCUGUUACAUUUGAGCGAGAGUGCGAUGUGUAAGAUAUGCAUAGAAAAACGACAACGGCACCCGCUUGUAUAUAAUUUACACAAAAAGGAAAAGAUUACACAUUUCCCAUGAUCCCAAAAUCCAACCGAUGAAAGCAAGAAAAGUAUUGACAAACGCCAAAUAACCCAUGAAAAGCCGCUCAUAGUGAUAUCAAUCGCCCGCCAAACUAGCAUACUGCACAUCCCCACUCCCCGGUGGUGGGGCGACGGCAUACGACGGUUGCUUCCGUUCCUCCUGCCCAACUGCUCCAGCGUUCCCACCCUGAGCAGCUUCAUUAGCAGCCUUACCCGCACCACCUGCGCCCGUGUUCCUCUUAGGAGCAACCGCCGUACGUCCCUGCCGUGCAUAUCGCAUCCUCUCCUCCCUCUCCAUAUUAUCCAAGGGCCGCGGUUUACCCCACUGUACACGCAAUGGACAGCCCUGUAUCACUGCUUUGCCUUGACAAUGGUUCGCUGCUUUUUCCGCAGCCUCCCUCGUGGCAUAGUUGACAAAGGCGCAGUGUGAGCGGUGGGAGCAGAUGAGGGAGCGCAGGGUUCCGAAUUCGGUGAAGAAGGUGCGGAGGGCGUGUUCGGGGAGGUCGUCUUCGACGCCGGUGAUGAAGAGGGAGGUUAUGUUGGGGUCAUCGGGCGGGAGGAUGUCUUGAGGCCCUGGGGGAAGUUGGGCGACGCUAGGGAAUCCUCGUCCACCACCACGACCGCGCCCACGCCGCAUCCCCGCCCCUCUUCCACAACCAUGCGGCCCACCACGUCUAAUAUCGCUGGUUCGAAUGGGUCCUGGCGUAGAUCCUCCCGUGCUUGGCCCUGGUCCGUAUCCUAUUUGUCUCUGUCCUGAGCCUUCCCUCCCCUGCUGCUCUUCGUUCUCCCUGUUGCUGUUAUCCAUCCUUCGCUGUCGCUUGUAGUACGGUUCGCUAUUCGCCAGUCUUCGUAACAAGUCUCUAGCCUUCUCAUCGGUCUUAGCAUAUUCCUCCACAGCCCCUCUUCCUUCCUCGAUCUCCUUCUCGUGUUCCUGCGCGUAGUAUUCUCUGUUUAUUGAGCUCUGUGGACCGGGAGCCACCAUCUUCAACGCCGCGUCUCGAACAACGAUGGGCAAGCCGAAGGAGAGAUCUAACAUGCAGCACUGGCAGCAGUUCUUCAACCGGGCGCAUGUUAGGCAAAUGUUUGUCCGUUUUGUGCGUGCUGUGCGGUCUGGUUUCCACUGGAACAUCGUCAUUGGGCGAGUACAUAUUUUGCAUUCAGCAGCGUAGUCCUCCUUGAGCAUUUGGACGUAAGGGUUGUCGGGCAGGCAUGAUUCGCAGACGGAGGGGAAGUCUGUUGUUUCCCAGCCGGAGCGGUUGAUAUCUUGUUUUAUUUGAGGAGGAGGCAUGGUAGGCGUCUCCUGCACUUAUCUUGUCGUAGUUGAUAUAGUUGUUGUCAUAAGGCACUCCUCGUUUGUAUGGCAAAUGAUU